CCCAUUGACAGCUGCCCAACGGAAGGCAUACGAUAUGUGGGGUUUGGCUGCCAAAUGCAGAGGAGUUACAAGGUAAAGAUGACAACAUGGUAGAAGCAGGACUAGGCUAUGCUGCACACCUCCUGAUGAUGAUUGCCCAGUUUCUCCAGCUGCCCCUGCAGUAUCCCAUCAUCUACAGGGGCUCCAAGUCUAAGAUCAGAGACCCCAUCACGGCCAAACUGGCAGACAGGGACAGAGAGUUCCCCUUGUAUUCCAAGGGAAAAGAAAGAUUCCAGUUCAGCUAUGCCGUGUUUCUUCUCAACAAGAACAUUGCCCAGCUGAGGUACUACUGUGGCCUGGGCACCAGUGACCUGAGGCUGACCCUGCCCAACCUGAAGAGUCUGCUGGAACAGAGGCUGGGGGUCAGGUUCGAGGCGACACCCCCAGGUGCGGUACCACAGAGACCCCUUCCUGCACCCCCGCCCCAGCCAGUGGCACAGCCCACCACCCAACAGAACUCUGUACCCAUUCCUGUCUCCAACAAGGACGCUACAGACGGGCCCACGUCUCUGCCAAACGUACCCAACACCAACGUAAACCCCAAACCCUACCCUGUACAAGUGCAAUCAGGACUCGGAAAUCCAGGCGUUAUCGUCAACACCAGCGUCACCAACGGAAGUUUUCCAGAAAAAGUCCAACAACCGAUUCCCACACAUGCCAACUUUCCUGCCACAUCAAACGGUGCUCUGCCAAAGGAAAAGCAUGAACAAUCCGUAGCAGAAGUUCCAAAUGUUCCUACGUCGAUUAGAACACAAAUGAUUCCACAGACUGUUGCACAGACAAGUCAGGAAACGAUACAUGCGGAUACGGGUAGAAGUGACGCAACAGUCUUGCCGCAAACUGCAAUGCAAAAUGUCCAGGUGUUGACUUCGCAGUUACCCGUAGAGACAGACUCUAAGAAGGAAGAUACGGGCAACUCAAGUCCAGGUGUACAUAGAGACCUUCUUAAUCUCCAAGGUCGCGGUUCCAGAAAGUCGAGCGUAGGGGACUCGGACGGAAACAAUUCUCACGAUAACGACUCAGACGUUAACCAGGACUAUGUCGAGCAGUUUAAGCGUAUCUCUCUCACCGAGGACGUUAUAGACGCCAUGCAAAGUCAAGAAGCCACAGAGGAUAACGUGAAUGUUGACAAACUGCAGCAAAAUUCCGACAGCGGGGUGUCGCUUACGACAACCAAACCAUCGUCUAGCCUGAGCUCAAAUCCUAUCAGCUCAGAUGAAGUGCGUAUAACAGUCGACAUUAAGCCAACUGCGAACGUUCCUAACUCCAAUCCUACUGGGCACCAGUCUGGUCCUGGGCCAGAGCAACUAGGGGAGGCAGUUGAGGUUCCAUUAAGUAUAGAAGAUGCAAUAAGGAACGCUCAGAUAGGGGGACUUUCCGACGACAUCACCUCAAGAGCUGCCGCCCUCUCGGCUCAGCCCAAAAGCUUUAAGAAAGUCAGUUCCUCCAUGACUGGAAAGACAUAGCAAAUCCAGACAUUGUAGAAAAA